UAGGAUCUUUACUUGAGAGAUGAUGUCUCAGCUUUUUAUGGAGCUUCUAAAAGUACACUGUGGCUCGUAUGAUUCCGACACGUUAACUACGCGGCUCCUCGAGAUCUACGUGGCCUUGUGGGUAAUGUCUUUACUGAUGUCGGCUGUUGAGGUUAUGGGCUUUUUAGUGGACUUUUUCAGUGGGCUUUUUUGGUUAGGGAGAAUAAAUUAAACUGACAACAAUCUUGGCUAUUGGAAUGGAAAAAUAAUGGCUAAAAUAUCAGAAAGAUGUAGUAUUAAAAGUAUCAUUUGAAGUAUAUUAGAAUAAGAUACAGAACAUGUAAGUUUGUAAUCAAACUUACAUUAAAAACACGUUAAAA